AUUAGGACGGAAAGUGUAGGGUAGGCUAUCACGCAAAUAGAAUGAUCACUGUUUAAACCUAAACUAAAUAUAGAAUUUAGGUAUUAUACAUCGUAUCGAUUUCUAUUGCUCUUGAAGAUCAUCUGCAAGAUCAUUUAACUGCCACACUCCUCUUCGUUCUCUUAUCAACGUUCCAAAAGAGGUAAAACAAGUUGGCCAGGAAGUGACCAGCCUUUCUCACACGCGGAUUCUCGAGUCGGUGGCAAAGACAGAGGGACAUGACAUUUACAGACUCCACAGGCUCAAGUCACAAGUUUUUAAUGGAGGCGUCGCUACUCUAUCAAGACAUUUGUCCGGAGCAGUCACGUUUUCUCAUGGGGAGACACCAGAGAAUGAAAGCUCCAGCCAAGCUCCAGCCCAUCCCUGAAGACGAGCUCUGUCCCUUCUGUUUCCAGUGGCGUCGCCCAGACAACCACCGCAUGCGGCUGCAUCCCAAGCGGCGUGCAUCGUUGCGGGUGCAGAGCGUGCUGCGGCGGGAGGCCAGGGGUAAGAGGCUCAGCCUGGCUCAGAUGGACAUUUUACGGAGGUUCAGGGGCUCCUCAUCAGUGCUGAUGGCUACCUGCCACACCUGUAACAACAAGUCCAAGCAUAACGGCGUCAACAGGGACUUCAUGACCGCUCUCUCCAAGAGCCACGGCACCCCCAUGAGCGCAGGCAAACGCAAGACUCCCCAGUCCACCAACAGAACCAACGCCAUGGGCAUCCCAAAGUCUGCCUCCAAAGACAAGACGCCCUGCAGUACGCCAAGAUCAACUGAGACCACCGGUUCCUCCUCGGCCUCGAAGCCCGCCAGUGUGAAGAAGUCGGCCUUCUCCCGCCUCAAGAGGUUCCUCAUGCUGGAGGACAACCAGAAGACCAAGACCAAGGGAGGACUCAAAGACUUCCUCUCCUCCCUCUGAAUGACUGACAAACACUGGGCUCCACUGCAUCGGCCCAACAGUCAGCCAUGACACCACCAUGAUAUGAAACUGAUGCACCAGUCUCUGCCCUGCUUAGAAUUCAGAAUUGCCCUGCUUAGAAUUCAGAAUGGCCCUGUUUAGUAUUCAGAAUGGCCCUGUUUAGAAUUCAGAAUGUCCCUGUUUGGAAUUCAGAAUUGCCCUGUUUGGAAUUCAGAAUGGACCUGCUGGAAUUCAGAACAACAAGGCUAUAGGGGGAGGGGGGAGGGGUCAGCUGUCAGUCAAUAUGCGCUACAGCGCCACCUGUUGAGACAAUUAAAGGGGCACGUUUUCUCUUCUUCACACGCCACCCCCCAACUGCCCCUGAGGUCCCCCUUCAGUAGAGCUGUCCAAACUGAGAAUGGUCCCACAUCACGCCACACCCCAACUGCCCCUGAGGUCCCCCUUCAGUAGAGCUGUCCAAACUUAGAAUGGUCCCACAUCACGCCACCCCCCAACUGCCCCUGAGGUCCCCCUUCAGUAGAGCUGUCCAAACUGAGACUGGUCCCACAUCACGACAUCGCUCAGGAAUUCCACUGUCCCAAUAGGAUGAUGGGAACGGCAUGGGAAAGCGAAGCUCACCCUCUCUUCCAUGGUAUUAAUGAUGAGGCAAGCAAAAUAAAUAGUUUGGCGUUAUAGGACGUUUUGAUUGAGAGGGGGAUUUUUAUUUGUUACAAUCACAUUUAUAUGAUAUGACUAUGUUUAUUAAUGCUUAAGUUUCAUACUUCUUGAAGUUCGUUCUUUUUUCUGUUUACUUGGUUGUUGUCCGUUUUUCUUCAGGGUUUAUUUUCGUGGCUCCGCCAAGUAGGGCUGAUCGUUUGUUGCUACUAUCUUAUGAUCACUAUGCCAAACUACUUUUUCUUGAGGUUACAUUUUUGUAUACUGGUGGUUUUGAGAUAAUCAUAUUUGGAUGAAUAGGAAACAUCAACUGUUUGCAAUGAAAUAGGCUAUAGGCCUGAAAACGUUGACACGAUUUAAGGACAAACCAAACAUUUCUUACAAUAGUUGUUCUGUUUCUUGUUGAAGAUGCUUUUUACCUGUUAGUUAGUUCUUACGUUACAGUUUAUAUUCACAAUGUCUAUGAGACUGCAUGUUGUAAUGACUGCUUUGAUUCAACACACUUUAUAAUGGAUUUCAUAACAGAAAAAUAUUUUCUUUGUUCGUAAUGAAUCCAAUGUGUGGAUCUGUGUCAUUGCACAGAAUCCUGAAUUACCUCACAUUUAUAUUCCUUCUACACUUUGAUUCUCUGAAAUAAAGUUUUUUCAAUCUAAA